CAGCUCCUGCGCAGGUGUGUGUCGCAGCAAUGGAGAGGGGAGAUGACCCGCGCCUCGAGGCCGCAGCGAACCUCUCCUUCCGCUUGGGUGCCUGGCUCCACCUUUGGAAGGGCUUCGCCAAGGAGGAGCCAUGGUGGUUCAGCGCUUCAGGGCUUCAGGCCUAUGUGGGAU